UCGUGGAUUAGAGAUCACUCCAUCUAAAAGACAUUCAUCUCUUAUUCUUCUCUCUCCCUCUCUCUCGAUUCGAAUCGAUUAAAAUUGUUUGAAUUCUCCGUUUGAUUGCGUCUUCCAUCUUCUUUUAGGGGAUUUGAAGAUAAUCUGGACCGCCAAUGGGAAAACCGACGGGGAAGAAGAAGAAUACCGAGACACCGACGGAUUCAUCCGGCGGCGGCAGCGGAGGUAAUAAAACGGGAAAAAGCUUCGAUCGUUCUGCCUCAAAGGCGGCGGCGUUCGACGAGGAUAUGGAGAUCUUCAUCAAUCGAGCAAUAGAGCUCAAAGAAGAAGGAAACAAGCUGUUCCGGAAACGUGACAACGAAGGCGCGAUGUUAAGGUACGAUAAAGCCGUCAAGCUAUUACCUAGGGAACACGGAGAUGUAGCUUACCUGAGAACGAGCAUGGCUUCUUGUUAUAUGCAAAUGGGAUUAGGAGAGUAUCCGAACGCGAUUAACGAAUGCAAUCUAGCUCUAGAAGCUUCUCCUAGGUACAGUAAAGCCUUGUUGAAACGUGCUCGGUGUUACGAGGCCUUGAACAAACUCGAUUUCGCGUUUAGGGAUUCGCGUGUUGUUUUGAAUAUGGAGCCUGAGAAUGUGUCUGCUAAUGAGAUCUUCGAGAGGGUGAAGAAGGUUUUGGUUGGUAAAGGGAUCGAUGUGGUUGAAAUGGAGAAGAGUUUCGCCAAUGUUCAGCCUGUUGGUGCGGCACGGUUGCGGAAGAUUGUUAAGGAGAGGUUGAGGAAGAAGAAUAAAAAGAAGAAGACGAUGAUGAAUGGUGAAAAAGAUGUAGAGAGGAAGAGUAACGAAGGCGUUGUUGAGAAUGCGAAUGUUGAAAACGGAGAUGAGGCAGAUAGCAGCAAGAAAGUGAUCAAGAAGCUAGAGGAUAAAGUUGUGGUGGAGGAGAAGAAAGUGAGUCCUGUAAUGGACAAAGAGGUCAUUGCUUCAGAGAUUGUUGAACGAGGAGACGCAACAGUGACAAGAACGGUGAAGUUGGUUCAUGGAGAUGAUAUACGGUGGGCACAAUUGCCACUAGAUUCUAGCGUUAAACUCGUAAGAGACGUUAUCAAGGAUCGUUUUCCUGCACUGAGAGGUUUCCUGAUCAAAUACAGAGACUCGGAGGGUGAUUUGGUUACCAUUACUACGACGGAUGAGCUGAGGCUGGCUGCGUCCACGAGGGAAAAACUUGGCUCCCUUAGAUUGUAUAUAAACGAAGUUAGCCCCAAUCAAGAACCAACUUAUGAUGGCAUGAACAAUGACGAACCAGCCAAGGGAUCGAGUAGUGUUGCUGAUAAUGGAAGUGUUGGAGACUGUGUGGAAUCUGAGAAAGUAUCUACUGGUCUUGACCACUGGAUUUUCCAGUUUGCGCAAUUGUUCAAAAACCAUGUCGGGUUUGAUUCUGAUUCUUACUUGGACCUUCAUAACCUUGGGAUGAAACUGUAUACAGAAGCAAUGGAAGAUACUGUCACUGGAGAAGAUGCGCAAGAGCUUUUUGAUAUCGCUGGUGAUAAGUUCCAAGAAAUGGCUGCGCUUGCCUUGUUUAACUGGGGGAACGUUCAUAUGUCUAAGGCGAGAAGACAGAUCUAUUUUCCCGAAGAUGGUUCAAGAGAGACUAUACUAGAGAAGGUUGAAGCCGGGUUUGAAUGGGCAAAGAACGAGUACAACAAAGCUGCAGAGAAAUACGAAGACGCGGUUAAAGUUAAACCGGAUUUCUACGAAGCUCUUCUUGCACUCGGGCAACAACAGUUUGAGCAGGCUAAGCUUUGCUGGUAUCAUGCACUCAGCGGAGAGAUAGAUCUAGAAAGCGAUGCUUCACAGGAUGUAUUAAAGCUCUAUAACAAAGCUGAGGAGAGCAUGGAAAAGGGUAUGCAGAUUUGGGAAGAGAUGGAAGAACGCCGUCUAAAUGGGAUCUCUAAUUCUGAUAAACAUAAAGCAUUGCUGCAGAAGUUGAGCUUGGAUGGUGUGUUUAGUGAAGCGUCUGAGGAAGAAAACGCGGAGCAAGCAGCUAAUAUGAGUUCUCAGAUUAAUCUCUUGUGGGGUUCUUUACUGUAUGAACGGUCUAUUGUGGAGUAUAAGCUUGGAUUACCGACCUGGGAUGAAUGUUUGGAGGUUGCAGUGGAGAAAUUUGAAUUAGCUGGAGCUUCUGCUACAGAUGUAGCUGUCAUGGUAAAGAACCAUUGCUCAAACGAGAAUGCACUUGAAGGUAUGGGAUUCAAGAUCGAUGAGAUAGUACAGGCAUGGAAUGAGAUGUAUGAUGCCAAACGAUGGCAGAUUGGUGUCCCAUCUUUCAGGCUAGAGCCUUUAUUCCGGAGACGGUCACCGAAACUGCAUGAUAUUUUAGAGAAUGUGUUUUCAGGGCCUCAAUGACGAAACAUUCAUCGUAUUUACAAACCGGAAAUAUAACAACUGGCUUCAGUUUUGAUGUAAGUGUAUUGCAGGGAUUGUAUUGCACGCAACGUUUCUUCUAUUUUUUCGUUUGAUUUAUCAGCUUUUGGAAAGCAAUAUUUUUUGGUCUUGACGGGUAUGGCCGUGAAGAAGAUGGGCGUGAUGAUUCUUUUUGUGCAGAUGGGUUCACAAGAUUAUUAUUUUUAAAUUUAAUUUUGGUUGGUUUGUAAAUUAUAUCAUAGUUCUUUUUUCAUUGAUUGUAUGGACUAGUUCUUAUGAAAAAUAGUGAAUUGUUUUGGGUUUGUGGCACUCAAAACUGCUAGCA